GCGUACCUCGCACGARUUGAAGGUGAUUCAUUAGGAGAAAUCACUUGGAAGAUUGACGUGUCGGACUCUCUUCACGUGAUUGAUGAUGUCACCGUAACUGUCACUGGAACUACAUUUGAAAAUGGUAACAUAGAAUGUAAAGCACAAGGUGACGACGCACAACAUAAUUCGACAGUAUUGGCUGGGGAUGGAUCUCCCCAGACGCUUUUCAAUCUUCGCGGKUCCAAGACUUUAAUUUUAACAGCUCGUCUGAGUGGCGGGAAAGGAGACGUUGCUUGGCAACAUGCACAGCUGUUUCGUCAGUCCAUACAUAACACUAAUGAUUAUCUUCUGGAUAUUGACAUCAAUUUACAGAGCGGUUAAAAUAUGCCUGGAAUGUAAGAAUGUAUAAACUUUGAUSAAAAUAUUKAAAUAUAUUGAAAUUAAAGAGGAUGCUUUCGAAGAAGGCUUAUGACUUCAGAGUUGAUUAUGUUAAGCUUGAAAUUGUUUGCAUCGAUAAUAAAUAUUCCAUAUAUAUU